UCGGCUGCGUCGAGAAAGUCGACUCCAAAGGCCACCAACAAGAAGUCGACUGGAUCAAAAAAGGUCGCGACGAAGAAGACUGCCUCGAUGAAAACCGCACCAAAGGCCGCCGCUCCCAAAAAGUCUACUUGGAAAUCCACUCAAAGGUCUGCUCAAAAGUCAGCUCCCAAGAAGUAA